AUGAAGAAAAUAUUUAUAGUACAAAUAAUAAAAGCAAAAUUCAAAAGUAUUAGUAUCCAUAAUAUAUUAUACAAAAAAGCAUGAAUUGGUUCAGUGGUGAGAUAUCUGUGGCAAUUCAGAAAGCAAUUCAGGAGAAAAAAGUGUUCAUUGUUUUUGUGAAUGGUGACAAUGAUGAAUCAAAAACAAUGGAAUCAGUGUGGUUGAAUGAUGAAGUUGCAACUAUCUGUUCGCCUGAUACAUGCGUCGCCAUAAACGUCUCAGCUGAUAGUGUUGCGGGGAAACAGUUUUCAUCUAUAUAUCCCAUUUUAAACAUUCCAUCGACAUAUUUGAUAAACAAUGAAGGGAUGCCUAUUGACAUCAUUCCUGGUGUUCUACAAAAGGAAGAACUCUUCCAGAGACUUCAGAAAGGAAUCCAGAAAAUUCUCCAAGUUGAACAGACUAACAGCACUAACAUAAGCCAUCAGACAGUUCAUGAAACUUCUCGUAAUGAAUCUAACCAGACGCACACCAGUGAGAUGUCAGAAGCAAACAAACCAACAAAAGAUGAACCACCCUCAGCCAAUACUAGCAACUCAGCAAAAGAAAGAGCAGAACAGUUAUUGCAGAAAGCUAGAGACAUAAAAGCAGAGAAAGCAAAGGAGACUUUGAAAGAGGAGGAACGUAAGCGUCGAGAUGUAGGUAAGGAGUUAAGCAUGGCAAAACGUAAUAUUGCUGAACGUCAAACUAAAGACCUGGCGAAAGAGAUAGCAAAACAGAAGGCUGACGAAAAAGCAGCCCGAGAAAAAGUUAAGGAGCAAAUCCGUUUGGACAGAGCGGAGAAAAAUGCCAAACGUGAAAAAGAGAAAAAAGAGAGGGAAAGUGCUAUAAAGAAACGUGCCGAGGAGAAAGAAACAGCAAAAGUUAAAGUUGAGAGCAAUACCGCCCGUCUACAAUUCCGUUUGCCUGAUGGGUCCACCGUUACAAAUACCUUUCCAGCAGAUGCGAUGUUUACAACAGUACGUGCCUUUGCUGAGGAGCAAGUGAAAGGAAAUUUUCCAGUUAUCCGGUUAACAACUGUCUACCCGAAACGGGAAUUUACAUCUGAACAUGCGUCCAGUACCCUACGUGAACUGCAAUUGGUUCCCAAUGGCUCGAUCAUUGUAUCACCGGGACGUGCUUCAACUGCUGCACCAUCAUCAUCAUCAUCAUCAUUAAAUCCUCUCAAUGUUAUUAUGUUUGUUUUAUCACCUUUAAUUGCAUUAUUUAACUUUAUCCUUUCCAUGUUUGGAUCAAAUAAUCAAACUAACACUCAAACGGAUGCUUCAUCGCAAGAUAGAUCAGCAGAACAAUCUACUGAUUCUGCGAGGGCGGCAUCUGUCCGGCGACGUCAACUGGGUGGUAACAUCGGUCGACUACGUCACGACGACGAUGACGAAAAUGCCACGUGGAAUGGAAAUUCUACUCAGCAAAUGUAAAUUUUAUGUUCAUUUUUCUCGUUAUUCUUUUAUUUUCAAGAAAUAAUAUAAUUUAUACA